UCUUUUGCAGAGGUAAAACAUGUGAACAGUCUUCACAGCCUCUUUCACUAAAAAAAAAAAAAAAAGAGAGAGAAAACUCAUAAACUUCUUUUUCCUCGCAGUAGUCAUAAGUCAUCUCUGUGCACAUGGGAAAUUCCUUGGAUUACUAUGUAUAUUGCUAAAACUUUGCAUUUAGGAAUUUUUUUUCUGAUAAGCUGGGAGGGUUUGGUAGAAUGCAUUUACACAGGGGGACAGAAAAAUUUGUUCUGCUGAGGGUGUUAGGGGUGGUGUUGAUGUUUAUGCUGGAGACUUCGCUAAAGGAAUUUAUUUUUCCCUUUGGGCCUUAAAAUAUGUAAACUUCUACUCUGAAUUCAUUUGUAUGUGGCUGUAUGUAUGUUUAUAUAUGCAGACUAUAUAUAGUGGCAAGGUGAAGAGGGGAGCAGUUGGGUGGAGGGAGGAAGCUGAUUCUGCAGGAUGGUGACUGAGCAGUGUGCCUUGCUGUGCAGCAGUGAUGACCUACCACUUGCAACUUCUAUUGAAGGUGGUUUCUGUGAUGUAGCUGGAGCUUUUUGCUUUGCCUGAGCAGCUACGGGAUCCACCCUAUGCCCAGAUGAAACCCCAGUGCUGUCUCAAAAAUUUGAAAAUACUUUCUAUAUUGAUAACUGGACAAGUAGGAGGUUCCGUCUGGGUCUGACAGUAAAUAAUUGGUAUCAGAUGUCAGUGUGUGUGCAUAGAGGGGAAGGGUUGUGCAGUGAUUUCAGUAGGAGAUACAUUUUGAGGAAUGUGAAGUUAUUUACCUUUUAAUAAAGCAUUUUCUCUUGGGUGUUGCCUCAGUUGUCCCAUAUGUAAAUAAAGACUGAUUUGUCAGGUAAGCAAAUGUACUGUUAGUGUUUUGCUUAUUGUUAUAGUUGGGAGAGAUCUAAUCUCCAUCAGAGACAGUGGAUAUCAGGACAGGCGGAAUUAGUGUGUUUGUUCUCUCAAAUUGCCCCAUCUGCGUCUGACAGUGUCGAGUUACUUCCAUGACUGUGAUAUCAGGCUCUGCCUGUCUCUGCUUUCCCUAGGGGUUGAAAAGUAUAGAAUUACUCUGACACUCAAAUAUCGGAUACAGUUUGCACCGUCUGCAGCUGAUUACUGUGUUAUGGGGUUCAGGUAAACUUAAGGAAAAGCAUCUCUCCUCUUAAUUUUUGUCUGCUCUGUGUAUCACAGCUUACAGAGGGGUUUGACUAUGGUUUACCAUGAGCUAUAAAAAUACUAGACAAUCAGAAGGUUGACAGGUCUUGCUGCUGUUUGGUCUGCCACAUCACUGCCAUUAGUGCUUUGUAUUCCUUGCAGUCUUGCCAUUUUCUCUUGGUUUUCGCUGAGAGCUCUGGUUUUCCACUGUAUCUGUCCAGCUCAGUUCCUUCCUAAAAUUCAAAGUUCUUUGAUGCAAUUUUUACCUGUUUCAAAUCAGUGGUCUCACUAUUGUGUUUUUAUCCUAAACUGGAAACAUCCAAUGUUUAGUUUUGUAUAGCAGAUAUUCUGGAGUUUUAGAUAUUCUGGUUUUCUUUUUGUUUCUGUGUUUUCUUCAAUGGAGAACUGGUAGUUUUGUAUUUAUGAAUGAGUGGUGUCUUUCUGAGGAAACUAUUCCUCUGUCCAGGCAUCUGUACUCCCUAAUGGAUAGAUUCUGCAGGUCAGGUUGUGAAUGACAUUCCUAAGGUACUAACAAAGGAGGUGGGAAACAAAAACUCUAAAUAAAACACUUAGGAGCAAUGUGGAUCCAAAACAAAGAGGUAAUAAGGGGUGACCAGAGAGAAACUGGUGAAAGGGCAGUGAGGAGCGUGCGGAGGCAGCACCAUGAGAGAAGAAAAUCAGAGCAUGGAGCUAGCAAGAUCAUGUUGCAUAAAUAGAGGAAUAGGGUUAAAAAAUGUAGCUGCCAGUGAACCUUUUACAUGGGACAUAAGUCUGUCAGCUGAUUUGUUUGCUGUCAACAGACAGGAGAGAGGGAAAAGAGAGUAUUGAGACACAGACUUCUUCCUCUAAAGAAUAGCAUAGUAAUAUGGGUUGCACUGUUGUUUCCUUGGUUGGUCUUGCAUAGAUUUCUUCAAUGAGUGAAUCCUGUUUGCAAUGGUGACAGUUUUCAGGACUGCUACCCAGAGUUAAUGGAUAUGUGAUUAUAGAACGGGCCGGAAGAGUGUGCCUAGGGACAUCUUUGAGAUUAAAUGUUGUACAGCUUCAUCCCCUGAGAGGUGUAAGGAAAAGCUUUUAUGUUUAACUAUUGUUCCUUUAAGUCAGGUAGUGUGACUGCAGUUAUUCAGCAGGAAGCCUUUGGGAACAAAUACAGCAGCCCCAUGCCAGGCCUCCUUUUUUUCAGAAGGACUGUAGAUAUAAUAUUUGCUAGUUCUUUCAGAUCUUUACCAUCUCUGUCCUUCUAAGUCAUAUGUCUACAGGGUAAAUUCUUUCAGGAUGUCUGGGCUGUAAGUGACCGGUUCUUUCCAUUUAUGAUCCCAUAGUACCUCGUGUGUAGAUCUCUCACCAGUGGGUUUUCCUAGGGCUGCUGUCUUUCACUGGACCUUAGAGAGGAUCUGCUGUGGUACAAACUCAAAGAUACCAUGUUGUUCUGGUACUUCAGACCCAUUUAUUUCAAAGAGGGUGGUCAUCUUUUUGCUUGGAUUCUUGCCAUCAGCGUGUGUCCGCAUUUGUACUCCUUAUGAAAUAGAAAUCAGCAGAAUUGGAUGGGUGAGGUCAAAGCCUGACCCUGGCUUCUGAGUAGAGCUUUCCCAGCUAUACUCUCAAAACCAUUCGUGAUUCUCAAAAGUAGGUUGGGAUCACACUGUGCACAUUGGGUCUUCCCAGUGAGACUUCAGCUGUUUCGACGAACAGUUUUUUUUCUUGGAUGGUGUAAUUUCACAGUAACUUGAUUGAUUGUUGUGCCUGUCUAAUGCGUUAGCUUGCAGUUGCUCCAGGAGCAUUAAAACAAAAUAUGUGAUGAGCAUGAGUUGAACCUGGAAUAGUUUUUUCUCUAGAUCGUGCCAGAAGAUCCUUCUUUCAGAAUAACUGCUUUACCUGUGCCAUGGACCUGAACCAUCCAGCAUGCCCGUUCUCCCAUACGAAGCCUGUAAGAUUUGGGGGCAUACCAGUCACUCUGUCUGUUGCUCAGACCAACACUUUUCCACCACAGCUAUCCUGAGUAUCUUUGAAAGGACUUUGGGUUGUCUCCUUAUGCCCAUUUUUGUAAAUGUUUGUGUGGUGAACAAAUUCUUACUCCUCAGUUUGGUGUGUUGGCUAAGGUCAGCUCUAUUCUAGAAAGUGCCAGCUGAAUUAAGCCUAAUGCCUUCAAUGCAAUUGACAUAGCUGAUAGCAGUGAGUCCUUAUCAGUUCAUUGACCCGUUCUGGCCUUGUGUAGGAUUUGUAUAAAUCUAAAGAAGAAAAAAAAAAAUCUAAAAUAUGUGUUCUUUAAUACUAAAAAAAACCCACCUCUCAUCAACAGGACAGGGCCUAGGAAGGACAUGAGGUGCUUCCAGGUACAUAUAUUGUGUUUCAAUAUGAUUCUUAGAUGGUGUUUUUGUGAAGAUUUUUCAAUCAUUGCUAGCAAGUGGUGUUGUGGACUUUCACCCUCAUUCACAUAACAUAGAUUACAACAUUCACUUUCUUAUUCAGACCUUUGAGAUCCCAGAGGAGAAAGCUCCUCUCUGUGGAAGGAGACGUGGGUGGUUUGAUUUCUUCUUUCUGAUGCUUUAGUGGAAGUGAAGCUCAGUCAGAGCACGUUGUUGAGCGCCAGGAGCCAUGCUGUUUUCUCCUGUCUGUAGUUAAAGGCUCUUCACUGGAAGAGGUGGAGCUUGAACUUCUGAGCUCCUGUAAACCCUUUUUUGUUGGGAAGUACCUCUCAGCCCAGCCACAGACAGGAAACAGCAUAUUAUUACAGUAAGUGCCUGCCUCUCCUCUGCCGUCAGAAGGAAACUUAUCCCAGCUCCUCCUAAAGCAGACAGCUAAUCAAGCUUGUGGCAAGUGCAACAUAGCUCAGAAAGGCUGACCACAGAGGAGACUAAUCUUAUUAACUGCAUGUCAAGCAAUCUGUUUGGGUUUUUUCCUGAGGGAGUAGGCUGCUCUGGACGCUAGCUUAGAGGAAGAUUGAACGUGAAAGAGCACUUGCAUGUCUGGAGGCAACAGUGGUUGUGGUAGGCUGAAGAACAGGGAAUUGCUGGUGCUCCUGAACAAGAGCAUGUUGUCAUCUCUGGGAAGCAGCGUGGAUGUCGUUCUCCAGAUGUAUGAAACUGUGAGGGCUUGUUGACGCUGUGGAGAAAGAGCAUGAAUCUUCAUUUUUGAGAUUAUCACUCCAUGUCGGAAGCUCAUCCUUUGUGCUGAUAACAGAAAAGAGAUGGAAGAUUGGAUUGCAGCACUGAAGACUGUACAAAACCGUGAACAUUUUGAGUCUACCCAGUAUAGCAUGGACCAUUUCUCAGGGAUGCAUAACUGGUACGCCUGCUCACACGCUCGGCCAACAUACUGCAAUGUGUGUCGGGAGGCAUUAUCUGGAGUCACAUCACACGGGCUCUCAUGUGAAGUGUGCAAGUUUAAAGCCCACAAGCGGUGUGCUGUGCGGGCAACCAAUAACUGCAAGUGGACGACUCUGGCUUCUAUUGGGAAGGAUAUCAUUGAGGAUGAAGAUGGGAUCUCGAUGCCACAUCAGUGGUUGGAAGGAAACCUGCCCGUGAGUGCCAAAUGCACCGUGUGUGAUAAAACCUGUGGCAGUGUCCUACGUUUGCAAGACUGGCGCUGCCUUUGGUGCAAAGCCAUGGUACACACAGCAUGUAAAGAGUUGUUGCCAAACAAGUGCCCUCUUGGGCUGUGCAAAGUAUCUGUCAUUCCUCCUACUGCUCUUAACAGCAUCGAUUCCGAUGGUUUUUGGAAAGCUACUUGUCCUCCUUCUUGCACAAGCCCUUUGUUGGUCUUUGUCAACUCCAAAAGUGGAGACAACCAAGGCGUAAAAUUUCUACGAAGAUUCAAGCAGCUACUGAAUCCAGCCCAGGUCUUUGACCUCAUGAAUGGAGGACCUCACCUCGGUUUACGCUUAUUCCAGAAAUUUGACACUUUCCGGAUUCUAGUUUGCGGUGGGGACGGAAGUGUUGGCUGGGUUCUCUCUGAAAUUGAUAGCCUCAAUCUUCACAAGCAGUGCCAGCUGGGAGUGCUGCCCUUGGGAACAGGGAACGACCUUGCCCGUGUGUUAGGCUGGGGGUCUGCGUGUGAUGAUGAUACCCAGCUCCCGCAGAUCCUGGAGAAGCUGGAGAGGGCCAGUACCAAAAUGCUGGACAGGUGGAGCAUCAUGGUGUAUGAAACCAAACUCCCUCGCCAGGCCUCCACUUCCACAGUCACUGAAGAUUUCAGUGAGGAUUCUGAGGUGCAGAAGAUUCUCUUCUAUGAAGACUCUGUGGCUGCUCAUUUGUCCAAAAUUUUGACUUCUGACCAACACUCAGUGGUCAUCUCCUCAGCCAAGGUGCUUUGUGAAACAGUGAAGGAUUUUGUGGCUCGAGUAGGAAAAGCCUAUGAGAAGGCAACGGAAAGCUCAGAGGAAUCAGAGGUCAUGGCCAGGAAGUGCUCUGUCCUGAAGGAGAAGCUGGACUCAUUGCUGAAGACACUGAAUGAUGAAUCUCAAGCAUCUUCAUCUCUGCCAAACCCUCCUCCCACCAUUGCAGAGGAAACCGAAGAUGGGGAUGGGUCAGGCAGUGCUGGUGAUUCUUCUAGUGACCGGUCAGUGGGUUCAUCCUGUACUGCACGACCCCAGAUAUUUCGUCCCCGAGAACAGCUCAUGCUGAGAGCCAACAGCUUGAAAAAAGCCAUUCGUCAGAUAAUAGAGCAUGCAGAAAAAGCCGUGGAUGAGCAGAACGCGCAGACCCAGGAGCAAGAGGGCUUCCUUCUUAGUCUCUCGGCCUCUGAAGAGGGCAAGGAGCUGAGGAACGAGGAUAAAAUCUCCCUGCAGUCGUCCCACAGCAGCAGCUACGGAGUGUCCAAGGGGAGAAGCCAGCGGAAAGCGCCCAAAUCUCCUUGUGAAAGACUAAUAAACAAAGGAAGUUUAUCGCUGGGCAGCUCUGCAUCUCUUCCUCCCCAGACAGGAAACCGGGACAACUUGCCAAUGCUGAACACAAAAAUCCUCUACCCAAAUAUCCGUGCUGGCAUGUCUGGUUCUUUGCCUGGGAGCUCUGUCAUCAGCCGAUUGUUGAUCCAUGCUGAUCCCUUUAAUUCUGAGCCUGAAAACCUUGAAUGUUACACAGAGAAGUGUGUCAUGAAUAAUUACUUUGGAAUUGGACUGGAUGCAAAGAUUUCUUUGGACUUCAACAACAAACGUGAUGAGCACCCAGAGAAAUGCAGAAGUCGUACUAAAAACAUGAUGUGGUAUGGAGUAUUGGGGACCAAGGAGCUGCUACACAGAACAUACAAAAACCUGGAGCAGAAAGUCUUGCUGGAGUGCGAUGGGAGGCCGAUCCCUUUGCCCAGCCUCCAGGGAAUUGCUGUACUCAACAUUCCCAGCUAUGCAGGAGGCACCAACUUCUGGGGGGGAACCAAGGAAGAUGAUACAUUUACAGCCCCCUCCUUUGAUGACAAGAUUUUGGAGGUGGUAGCAGUGUUUGGUAGCAUGCAGAUGGCAGUGUCACGAGUCAUAAACCUACAGCAUCACCGGAUUGCACAGUGUCGGACAGUGAAGAUAGCAAUUCUUGGAGAAGAGGGAGUCCCCGUGCAAGUGGAUGGAGAAGCCUGGAUCCAGCCUCCUGGUUACAUCUGGAUUGUUCAUAAGAACAGGGCACAGACCCUCACCCGAGACAGGGCAUUUGAGAGCACCUUGAAGUCCUGGGAGGACAAACAGAAGUGUGAGUUGUCCCGACCCUCCUCUUUCUCUCUGCAACCAGAGAUCAUGUCUGAAGAAGAAUCCACCCAGAUCAACCAGUUUGGUCAAGCUGCAGGUGCUCUGAUCCACAGCAUUCGGGAAAUAGCCCAGUCCUAUCAGGACAUGGAACAGGAGCUUGCCCAUGCUGUCAAUGCCAGCUCCAAGUCUAUGGACAAAGUCUACGCUAAAUCCAAGUCUACAGAGGGUCUGAACUGCAGCCUUGUUGUAGAGAUGGUGAAUAAUGUCAAAGCCCUGCAUAAUGAGACAGAGCUGCUGCUGGCGGGCAAGAUGGCGCUGCAAUUAGAUCCUCCACAGAAAGAGCAGCUCCAGGCAGCCCUGGCAGACAUGGACCUCCAGCUGAGGAAACUAGCAGACAUCCCUUGGCUGUGGCAGCUGAUGGAGCCCUGUGAUGACGAGAACCAGAUGCUGGAUUAUUCUAAACGCAGCCGCAGUGGCAAAUUCCGGCUGGUGACCAAGUUUAAAAAGGAGAAGAACAACAAAAAUAAGGAGACUCAUAGUAGCAUGGCAUUGCCGGUUCACCUCUGGGGAACGGAGGAGGUUGCGGCCUGGCUUGAGCAUCUCAGUCUUUGUGAGUAUAAGGAUAUCUUCAUCCGACAUGACGUCCGGGGCUCUGAGCUCCUGCACCUCGAACGGAGGGACCUCAAGGACCUGGGUGUGACCAAAGUGGGUCACAUGAAGAGAAUACUGCACGGGAUCAAGGAGCUGAGCCGGAGUACUCCUGCCAGCGAGGCUUAGCCUCUAUUUUCACAGCCUGUGUCUACCAUUCCCCCUAACUGCACAGCAGUCACCUCACAGAGCAGAUGUGCUCAUGACUGUCGCUGCUGAACAGCCAAACUGUAGCUGUUCAGAGCUCCUAUCAACCAAGCAUGGUGCUACCUUUUUUUCCUGUGGGGUACGGCUGCAUCCAUUCAAGAGGCACCUUGUCUGUGGUCAGGCAGAGCCUCCUGGAAGAAAACUCGCUUGCUGUUUGAAGAACCGUGUCCUCUGACGUGGGAAGUUCUGGUUCCAGUGACAGUGCAGGACUCCUGAGAAUUGCAACACAGCUACCUUUACUGGAUAACUUCAUCAUAGUAGAAUUAUUCAGGGCAAAAGAUUUAUUGGCCAGUCUUAGUUCAGGAGCAUCUGACAGUCUUUUCAGACCCAAAACGUUCCUGCUCAUCUGCGUGUCACACCUGUAUCUUAGAACAUUUAAGUGGGACAAAGCUUAUCCUUGUGUCUUAAUAAUCUGUUUUUAGUUCACCUGUAGGUGCAUGCGGUUUGCAUCAGAAAUUCAAAGCCAGUCCAGACCUCUUGCCGAUGAAUACCCACUGAUUCUCACUCACUUAUGCCUUGCAACAAACAAUGCAUGUGGUUCAAACAGUGGUUUGCACCAGCGUGUGGGGUCUUCCGCAGGGCUUGGCUCUCCUCUUCCAGCCAGUGGCGAUGGUACAGCCUUUAGGUUUUUAGGCAUCACAGACAAAUGUUCAGAAAUUCCUGGCAGUAAGAAAAAAUUCUGGAGAGCCAAAAAUGACAGGAGAUCAGCUCUGACAUUUCCCCUUCUGAACUACUUCUUUAGGAGACCAAGUGGAAGGGCAAGGAACGCUAACUAGCUGUUUGGUCUGUGUGAGAAAUGUCACGUAGUGGGGUGAGAUACAGAAGAAUUUGUUCUGUCUUGGUGGAGGGAGCAGCAUGACUGGCAGUGGCCAGGAGCUGCUUCCUGCCUGUUCAGCGCCACCUUCCUGGCCUCAGACAAUGGAGCUGUUUCUUUACUUCUACUUUAAGUGCAGAAAGCUAUAUCUGUCACAAAAGAUACAAUUUAUCUGUAGUACUUGCAUCUUUUCACCUGGCUUGGUUCUAGUGGCUUUUCCACCUUGCUUCUCUCUCUUGCUGCCUUGCUACUUCACUUCAAGGUGGAUACCAAAAUAUUAAGGUGGUUGUACCCUGUAGAGAGAUAUCGUGUGCUGUCAAACAUCAGGGCUCUUUUAUGAGCACUGAGAGAAGAGGAAUUGUUACUGAGUGUAUGAGCAUUGUAAGGAAAACCAAACUCCAAACUAUGUUGGUAAAUUACCGUUGGUACCGCCAGCAGUGGAGCAUGGAAAAAUUAGUGCCUCUGAAUCAGAGUUCUUAGACGGCCUUCAAAUUUCCACUGUAUUGCCUGACCCCAGUUGGGUGACUGUUGAAGCCUGAAGACCAGCAUGCAUAGUUACAUUGCCAUGUUUAUCACUGCGAAGGGAGUUUGGGAACAUUCAGUGCUACAAAGCUGGAGAGACAGCAGGAAUUUUUAAUUACUUUGUCAUUUUGAAUGUAUUUAUUUUUUUAUUAUUACAGAAUGGCACCUGUCUGGCUAUGGCUGCAGACAAAAAAAUGGCCACAUACACAGUGGCAUAGAAGAUAAUUUCCUGAGGACAUCGUUCUUCUUUGUUAUUUGUAAGGAUUUUAUCAAAUUGACAUCAGCUCUCUAGUCUAACAACAGUCAGACAAAUUAUUUUAUGUGAAAGCUUGACAGCUUUAAAAGGUUAUGGGCCAACUCAGUUGUGGUGUUUAAGAUUUCACCAAGAAUUAUUCAGACUCUCCCUGUUUUUAACUAAUCAUUCACCCACCUCUCCUCUCAGCCUAGCGAGUGACAGGGUUUGUUCAUGAGAAAUCAACAGACGACUAGAUGUGCUUGAAACAGCUAGCAAAAUUUCAGGUAUAAAUUCAGUGGGGACUGAGCAAGAAGUAUGUUAAACUUUGCACUGAAUUUUUUUCUCCUAUCUAUAAAUUGCCAGUUGUUUCCAUAGCCAUAUUUUUUCUUCAUCAGUACAGCCCCCCCACCACUGUAUUGAAUUCCUGGGGUAUCAGAUCAGUAAGAAUUGUAGACAUACUGUAUUUUGCCACUUGCUUGUUGAGGCACAGAGCAGUGUCUGCUUGAGAAUGAGGAGAAACCUCCAGUAAUGAGAGCUUCAGGAUGCAGGCAUCCUUGCUGGUGACAGUGAGGGGUGCCUGUCCCCAGGGCUGUGUGUGGCUGGUACACUGGUGUGUCUGCCCAGGAGAGCACAGGGAGCAGCAGGCAGGGGAUAGCUGGAGAGGAGGUGAAAUUUGUGUGUGUUCCUGUACCUGCUGAGGGAGCUGGUCUUGCUGUGAGGUUUCUCCAGGCAACCUCAUGGUGAAAGGUGUAUAAAUAAUAGCACUUGCCUUGCUUGCAUAAUUCCUGUGGUAUUAAAUUCUUGCCUCAGUAGGAACAGAUCCUCUCUACUCUUCCUGCUCAGAGUAACAGGGGAAUCCAAAGGGUUUUGACAUUCAGGCAUGUUCUUUAAUUCGUGCCAUAUCUGUAGCCAUCUGCUGUGAGUGAUGAUGCCUGCACAGACCAGUCUUCAUUUCUUUUACUUUCAUGGUCUAUCAUGUUGAAGGGUUCAGAUCCUUUUUGUGUACGUGCACGUUUUAUCAAAAGGUUCAUAGCCAGUAUAUUCCGGUCUGUCGCUUACUGGAGGCGGAGAGGGAGUUCUGCCUUCUUUUAAGAGCUAGAAAAUGAGAUCCACAUUUAACCUGAGUGCCUUUGAAUAUGUAUUAAGGUUUCUAUCUAACAGAAGGGUUGUAGCUCUCUGUGUCUCACUGGGAAUAAUGCAGAUUUCUGUUACAGUGAUUUUGUGAAUAGAUGACAACAAUUUGUGUAAAAUGUCAGUGAGAGCUAUCUGCAAAGUAGGGAGCCAGGCUGAACUCCUGGCUACAUUAUUCUGAGUUCCUCUUUUGGCAUUAGAUCAUUUUUUGUGGGAGAGAAACUCAGGAAAGACAAAUACUAAAAAAAACCCUGCUGCUUUGCCAAAAAAAGAGACUCUCCUGCAGUCUCAGGUAAAAUACCAGCUUGAGAGAUGCUAGAACUGCAUGUAUUGGGCGUAUGUUUAGUUUCUUAAAAGAUGCUACUCAUGUGAAAGUUGUGCGGCACCUUCUGUUCAUCAUCGCUCACCCUUGGCAGUGAUGCUGGGGCAGUGUCCUCGGUGCAAUGGGCAUACGGUUUCUUCUGCUAGGAAGAGGUUGCAGUGCGUUAACUCCACGUUCCAGCACUGCCCUUGAUGUUCAUUGGCAAAUUCAGGGGAAUAAGAUCCCCGGUGUUGCAAUGUCUGGCUUCAGUGAGAGUGCAUGCAAUGGAGACUUGAGGUGGGUCUGGUUGUUGGCGGGUCCUGCCCUGGGGAGGGCUGAUAGUGCCAGUGCAGCCUUUCCGGUUGGGUUUGUGGGAUCCCAGCACUGAGUGCACAAGUUCCCGCGGCGGCAGGAGCCGGCUCCACGCUGCGGAGGGAGCUGUGCCGCUGGAUGUGCCGGCCACCCGGGAGCGCCCAGCUCUGUGGAGGCCUCAGUGCUGGUCCCAGGGACAUUUCUGCACCCAAAUCGUAUGGAAAGCUUUGUUCAUUGCUUUAGUAUUAUUUUAAAAUGUGCAUACUAUCUAUGUGAUUUUUUUAAAAAAAAGACUGUUUACACAAAAUAUUUUGUAUCUUAAGAUGUGUGUACUGUAAAAAAAAAAAAAGGAAAGGAUGAAAAAUGAUGUUUUUCUACAACCGUCAGCAGUGACUGCAUGUCUGUAUCAUCAUCCACUGACCGUUGUUCCUCAGGGGUCUCCCCGCCAUUCCUGUGAUCCUGUCGAAAGCAUAGGGAAGCAAGUGAAUCCCUGUACAGUCUUGGGAAGAAGGUUUUGUGCCUUAAGAAUGGGACCUGCUUCCCUCCUAUUUAUUGUGUUAAUUUAUACAGUGAUUACCAUGGAAACGUCUCUUGUAUUUUUUUUUGUACAUAGUUUACUGUUGGUUGUUGUAAAUAAGUUUUUCUUGUAUAUAAAGUAAACAUGUUUCUGAGCUUCCAGUAAAGAUUCUCUGUUACUGAUUUUGUCGUGUGAGGGGGCUGUGGUGCCCGUCUGGUGGGAACUAGCUAAUAAAAAUCUGUGCUGUGAUAAAA